AUGAAACAAACGCUGGAAGUUGGUACCGGAGUUGAUGCAGUUGACAAGAAACUGGAAGUCGCAAGAAAGUGGAUUGAAGCUGAAAUUAAAAUGGUCAGCCCACGUUUGUCACGCUACAUUUGCGCUGCUGAGACGGGAGCACCGCUCAUCGUGUCACUAUAG